AUGAGAUUCGUCACGUUCAACAUCUGUGGCAUCAACAACGUGCUGAGCUACCAUCCAUGGAACGAGCAAAGGUCGUUUGAGCACAUGUUUGCGGUGCUGAAGGCGGACGUGAUCUGUUUACAAGAAACCAAGCUCCAGCCCCAUUUGCUGAAGCGAGAACACGCCCUUGUGCCCGGAUACGAUUCGUACUGGUCUUUUUCCAACACAAAAAAGGGCUACAGCGGCGUGGCGGUCUAUGUGAAACAUGGCAUCAAAGUUCUCAAGGCCGAGGAGGGUCUUACCGGUCAGCUGGUAUCUCCGGACUCCAAAAAGGGACUCACCUACCAGCAGCUGUACGAGCGGCAAAGGGAGAGAGACGGCAGCAGCAAGAGUUGUAUCGGCGCCUAUCCCGAGGGCAAUCCACAGCGGCUCUUUCAGGUCGAUUCGGAGGGCCGGUCUCUCGUGUUGGACCUGGGGUUCUGUGUCGUGUUUGGGCUCUACUGUCCUAGCACCGCCACCGAGGGCGAGGAGCGAGAUGCCUACAGAGACGACUAUUUUGGGUUGCUGGAGGAACGGGUCAACCUUCUGGUUGAGGCUGGACGAGAGGUGGUGGUCAUGGGAGAUCUCAAUGUGGCACGCGAGCUGUACGACUCAGCUGAGGGAAUGCAAGCGCUGCACAAGGCCAAACACAUCACUCUACCGACACUGGGAGAUAAGGAGGAGGGCAGGUUUGUGGAGGUGUUUGAAAAGCUCAACCCGGGACAGUGUAAGAGCUGGAGGGAAGCCAAAGUUGGCCGACGAGUCUUCCACAGACUGGUCCCCGACCUGUUACAGGACUCGUGCCGCAACAAGCAUCCCAAUCGACCCGACAUGUAUACUUGCUGGAACGUGAUGAUGAACUACCGGCCCGGAAACUUUGGGUCUCGUAUCGACUACGUGCUGGCCUCAAAAGGUCUGAAGGUGGAGGAUGCCGAUAUUCUGCCCCACCUGGAGGGCUCAGACCAUUGUCCCGUUUAUGCAGAGGUGCGCGAACCAGACGCGUGCCAAGAAAAAGACAACCGUGCCACUCAAGGUGCAGCUAACCAGACCAAACAAGCGUCGUCCUCAGCCCCAAACUCGUUUCGGCCAAAACUGUUCCACAGAACUAACAAGCAGUUUGUGCAGACCACCUCGGUCAUGUCCAUGUUCCGGGCGCAAACGCCGCCGACCAAGGGCAUUACCAAACCCAAAGCGCCCUCCAAAUCGACUGCCAAAAAACAGGCGGCCAUCUCCUCCUUCUUCCAAAAGCCAGAUCCAGAAGCUGCCGUCGUAUCAACAUGCGUCUCGGAUGUGCACACAAAGCCGUUGGGACAAUCACAAUCACCCGCCGUGUCCCCAAAUAUUGAAAGCACCUAUCAAGGUUGCGAUGCAGGUGCGCAUGCGACUCGAGAGGGUGAAGAUACGAGACCGCAAAUGGCCACCAGACUGGACUUGCCAGAGCCCACCGAGUACCUAGACAUUGCGGAGCGCGUGGAGGAGGCCGAAAAGGUCGCGUCGCAGUGGUCCAAGAUCAUGACAAAAAAACCAGCCCCCGUCUGUGCCCACAACCUCCCGGCGGUGCUAAGAACCACCCGCAAAAAGGGACCCAACCAGGGCAAGCACUUUUGGGUUUGUGGCCAGAACCACUCGCUGCAGCUCGUCGGCGACUCCUACAAGGCAUCGGCAGACCCCGACGCCAAGGGCUCCCAGGACGACACCAGUGCCAGAUGUAACUUCUUUCAAUGGAAAUGA